AUGGAUAUAUUAAAUACUAUAACAAGUGAAUCAAAUAUAACUAUCUAUAAGGACACGGAAACAAUCAACAAAUCAUAUGUUAACCAAACAUUGAAUAUUAUUAACUUUCCUCAAGAUAUCAAAAGUGUUGAGUUUAGACUAAACUGUGAUUCCGAUGACUAUUGUUUUAUGAGAUACUCUGCCGGUUGGACUGUUGCCCUAUGUAUAGCAUAUUUACUUGUAUUUAUCAUUGGUUUAGUCGGUAAUCUGUCGGUGUUGUGGAUAAUACUGACCUUUCGGCGCACUUACGAUCUCUCGGUAUUCAAUUCGUGUAAUAAAGUCUUCAAUGGACUCAUUAGUAACUUAGCGUUUGCCGACCUAUUGGUAGUCAUAUUUUGUUUACCGCCGACACUCAUCGGAAAUAUAUUUUCACCUUGGAUUUUGGGACGAUUUGUAUGCAAAGCUGUUCCAUACCUUCAAGGAGUUUCAGUUACGGCUUCUGUGUAUACAUUGGUUGCCAUUUCUGCCGACAGGUAA